AUGUAUAUCCUACUCAGAAUCGACAGGAAGAAAGACAAAGCUGAAAGGAAGAUCCUGGACAGCCAGGAGAGAGCAUUCUAUGUCCAUCGACCAGUGCCAGGCUGUGUCAACACCACAGAGAUGGACAUUCGCAAGUGUCGGCGAGAGAGGAAUCCACACAGGGUAAAGAAGUCCGUGUACGGAGUGUCGGACGAGAACCAGAGCCAGCCCAGUCCGGCUCACAUCCCACAGGCCACUCGGAAGCCCACCAAAGAGGACGUUCAGAAGGAGAUCACCUUCCUCAACAUCCAGCUGGACAGGCACUGUCUCAAGGUGUCCAAGGUGGCCGACAGCCUCAUGGGCUACACGGAGCAGUUCCAGGAGUACGACCCCUUCGUGUCCCUCACCGAGCCCUCCAACCCCUGGAUCAGCGACGACUCUUCCUUCUGGGACCUGGAGGCCAGCAAGGACCCCAGCCAGCAGCGGGUGAAGAGGUGGGGCUUCUCCCUGGAGGAGGCACUCAAGGACCCAGUGGGGCGGGACCAGUUCCUGAAGUUCCUGGAGUCAGAGUUCAGCUCAGAGAACCUCAGGUUCUGGUUGGCGGUGCAGGAGCUGAAACGCCGACCCCUGCAGGAGGUGGCCUCGCGGGCCCAGGAGAUCUGGCAGGAGUUCCUGGCCGAGGGCGCCCCCAGCUCCAUCAACCUGGACUCCCACAGCUACGAGCGCACCAGCCAGAACCUCAAGGACCCCGGCCGCUACAGCUUCGAGGACGCACAGGAGCACAUCUUUAAGCUAAUGAAAAGUGACAGCUAUGCACGCUUCUUGCGAUCCAACAUCUACCAAGACCUCCUGCUCGCCAGGAAAAAGCAGCAGCCGGCCGACACAGAGCAGGGCCGCCGCACCUCCCUAGAGAAGUUCACCCGCAGUGUGGGCAAGUCGUUGACGGGGAAGCGUCUGACGGGCCUGAUGCAGUCGUCCUGACACAGCCGGGGCCGGAGGGGGGCGGGCGGCGCCCCGCCGACGGGACACCGCUGCCAGAUGUCCGGGGGGCGAGGGGGACCGGGGGCGGGGGGGCGGGGGAGCAGAGAGAUGACGGAGGCGGGCCGGGCAGGACUGCUGCUGGGGCUGCUGUGGUUGUGCCGGGGGUCUUUCCCGCGUGGCGACAAGGCGGCCUACUACUGCUGCUGCUCUGGGGGGACGGCAGGAGGGGUGCUGGGGGUGCACCACCCGAGGCAGAACCACGUCGCGGGACGAUGCCGGCACGGUGUGUGGCCUCAUGACGCAUCGGGGUCAAGCACAUCCACGUUUAUGAGAGCUUCCCCCCCUGGCCCAGGUGGGCCCGCGUGCGGACCCCCUGGGGCGUCGUCACUGAGUCGGCGCUGAGCGAGCUAGUCAUUUCAAAACUGUUUCACGUCACUCCCUGUGUGGGAUUUUUGUUUUCUCCUGGGAAAUUAUAAGCACAUCUCCGGUAGCACAACGAUAGUCACGCACACGUUUGAUGUCCGAUUGAGCAAUGUCAUAUAGUGGUUUAACGGAAAGGUAACGAUAUCCAAAGAGCAAAGUAGAAAAGACGCAAAGAGGGGUUUACUUUUAACAUGGCUUAUGUCAGGAAGGCAGCAAGCAAUAAUGAAUAGGCCUACAGGGCGCCAUUUUGAUUUGGUAUCCGUCGGAAGCCGUUUUAUAUCCCUGUGUUUAUCAUGUUUCCUAUAAAGCACAUCACAUGAAGGCACAGCUACAGGGGCAAAUUGGUCAGCUUUCGUUUGCUCCUUUUCAACUGUCGCAGUCUAUUUCUGAAAUAGGAUUUUUAAAGGUUUUAAUUUUCCAUGCUUCAUGACAUUCCAAAAUCUGGGAAAAGGGCUUAAUGUAGCAUUUACGAUGUGUUGCAUGUUUUUCCUGAAAACGUAGACAAUUUUAAACAAGAAAAACCUUUCCUCUUAUCAAUAGUUGUGUAAUAAAAUUGUGGCACAAUUGGUCCUAAAAACAAACUGCCAUUUGCUAUUUCGAAGAUAAUAGUGGAAUUCAGAGUUUACAUAAGAUAACAUCGGUUUUAUAGUCAGUUUCAUUCCUGAUGUUCGAAACAAAACUAUUUCCUACUUUAUUAUACUACGAUGAGUUGACAACAAUCACUGUCAAGCAUCUAUACAAGAAGUCCAAAUUAUAUUUGAGCUCCAAGUUCAGUUAAAUAAGUUGCCUUUAAGACAGCACCAUCUAGGGGUAAUGAAGUGUAAAAUCAAGGCCUUGGUGACCGCAAAAGUUUAAGAUAUAUGUUCAUUCAAAGAGUGGAAAUACAUGAUCUACUGCCUAUUGAGGGAGAGUCUGGUUUUGUUGAGCAGCUUUGUUAUUGCAUGAUUGCAGGAUUAUAUAAAACUUUUUUUUGUCUAAAUUAUGACUAAUUGAGGGGCGGGGAAAAGUGAGUUAACUCUCUGUUUGAAUUUCUUCUUGGUAAAACCGCAUGUCGAAAAAGAGUUAAAAAGCCGCACGGAAAAUCAGGAGGAGAAAAAAAUCCAAGAGAAAGAGACGACACAGGGAAAAGGCCUUUGCAGUCAAUAAGGCAGCAACAUUUGAUAAAUGCAGGUAGAAACCAAGUUGUAGAGAGAAAAACAGACAUCAGCCUAACGAGACCAUAACUUCAGCCUCAUCUUUACCUUAAUCCUCGACUUCUCUUUCUUUUCAAGAAGUUCCCAGACUACUGGAGAGAUUUUGAUUUCCCAGCACCAUCAUGGGGCCACGUCGUAAACUGCCAGCUAGUUGAACGGCUGAAUGUGUGUAUUAUGUACUCCAGACUAUAUUUUUUCUAGUAUGCGCAAUGCACUGUUCGGGCCAUGUUGACCGCCGUUAUAUUCAUGAAUGAUCAGAGUAGAGAAGCCUUCAUUUCAUCAAAUCAAAAAUAAUGAACAUUAUGCUGAAUAUUAUUCUCUGCACACACAAUUCAACUAUUUAAAGAAUGCAUUUGUCUAUGUGAGUGGGCUCUAGAGUGAACAUUCUUGUUUUUAUUUGAAGGCACACGGGCACAUUACUAUGCAUGUAAUAUAUCCAGGGCAUUUGUGCUUCUAGAAUUAUGAUUUGUUCAUUCAAAAAGGUGAACUACUGGCACUGCAAAGACCCAAGCACCUGUUUAUUAUGGGUACCAAAUAAAAUCGAUGGACCUGUAUGCCCCCGU